AUGGAUGAAUAUGUUGGAUGGAAUGAUGAGGAUGAUCUCGUUGCUGAUGGUUGGACCAAGCGUUUAGUUGAAAAAGGGAAGCCAAUAUGGUUCGAAGAGCUUUACAACCUAGAUAUAGCGGCCCGAGAUGAUGUGGAUCUUGAUGAUGUUGGUCAGGAUGAUGUUGAUGUGGAUCAAGAUGAUGUGAAUCCGGAGAAUGUGAAUCUGGAUGAUGUGGCUCCGGAAAAUUUGUUACAACUUGCAGUAAGCUUGUUUCUACUUGAUGAUCGAGUGAACAAAGGGUUUAAGGAUAUCAUUGACAAAUUUGAUGUCCUUGAUGCUAUGGUCAAAUCUGUUCAAUUAUAUGUGAAGGAUAAGGAGAAUGUUGAGAAUGAAGACCAUUAUCAUGAGAAUGCUGAGAAUGAGCAAAUUGAGAAGGCGCAACCUAUCUUUAAGAAUGUUGAAAAUGAGGAAAUUGAGAAGGAGCAACCUAUCUUUGAGAAUGUUGAGAAUGAGCAACCUGAGAAGGAGAAUGAUGAGGACCAACAAGUGGAUAAUGAGGAAGUUGCGGAGGAACUAGCUGAGAAGGAAAAGGGCGAUAAGGAGCAGGCCGAUAAGGAACAAGCUGAGAAAGAACAAGCGGAGAAGGAGAAUGUUGAGAAAGAGAAAGCUAAGAAGGAACUGGUUGAUAAGGAACAAGCUGUUAAAGAACAGGCGGAGAAGGAGAAUGUUGAGAAGCAGAAAGCUAAGAAGGAACUGGGUGAUAAGGAACAAAAGGCUGAAGGAAGCGUGAAAGGUCUAGUGAGAUACAAGAGAAAAAAGAAAACAAGAGAAGGAGAAACACAUGGAGAAGACGUUGCAGCAGAGGCUCAACAAGUUAAAAAGGUGAAGAAUAUAAACAAGAAGGGGAAGAGAUCUACCAUGGUCAUGAGGAGUCCCGUUGUCACAAGGCUGAAGAGUUGCAAAAAUUAA